AUGAUAGAUGGUUGCGGUGGAGAAGAAAAUGGGGUUGAAUGGAAAUCCGAGGACUUGACAGUGCUAGCUAUCAGAGGAAACCAGAGAGAAGUAAAGCUGGAAGAAGAAGGAGAAAGAAGACUUGCUACACUGAUUCAAAGAUGUCCGAAUCUGAGAGUUCUCCACCAAAUCCAUGGCCAUGUCCUCACUUGCCCGCUUCUCUCUACCUCUUCCCUCUCCUUUCUUCUCGCCAAGAUCCUCACGUUCGCCGCUCUUUCGUCGCGCGGCAGCCUGGGCUAUGCGAAGCAGCUCGUCUCCCGAAUCCCAAACCCAGGAAUUUACUCUUAUAAUUCCCUCAUCAGAGGGUUCUUGGAGUCUCAAACAUCAUCCCCUGAACCCAUUUUCAUUUUCAAGAGACUGCUCAGGAAAAAUUACCCAAGAUCAAACACUUUCAACAAGCAUGUUGUACAGUCUGGGCAUGGAUCCAGCCCCUUCGUUCAGACCUCAUUGCUGAAUUUCUACGCCAAGUGUGAGGAGAUUGAGCUGAGCGAGAAGGUGUUCGAUGAAAUUACUGAGAGAAAUGUGGUCGCUUGGAGCGCGAUGAUCAGUGGGUAUUCCAGGCUCGGGAUGGCCAAUCAGGCUUUGGAUUCGUUCAGGGAAAUGCAGAAGGCCGGCAUUUCGCCUGAUAGGGUCACACUGGUGAGCGCCACUUCUCAAGAAGGGAAUUGA